ACUGACAUAGAUAAAGUAAUAGAAAUUAACAAAGAUAAAGUAAUAGAGAUUGACAAAAAUAAAGUAAUAGAGAUUGACAAAGAUGAAGUAAUAGAAAUUGACAAAGAUAAAGUAAUAGAGAUUAACAAAGAUGAAGUAAUAAAAAUUAACAAAGAUGAAGUAAUUGAAAUUGACAAAAAUAAAGUAAUAGAAAUUAACAAAGAUGAAGUAAUAAAGAUUGACCAAAAAUAA